AUGCUCCAGUUUAACGGCCCAUUUCGCAUUAUAACCACCCUUGGUUCUCGAGUGAUUCUUCCAGCGUCUUAUACAGAAUGGUUGAAGAACUGCUUGGAUUUAGACCAUCAGGCGCUUGUUCAUGAUGAAUACUUCGCGGCGUACCCUGGAAUGGAAGGGCAGAGUGUUAUCACGGAUCCCAGAAAGAUUCUGAUUAAUGUGACCAAGACGAAACUGAAUCAGAAUAGUCAAUGUAAUUUGUUCCAUGAACAUCUCACCGAAGCUCUGAGAGAAAUAUGGACGGAUGAUAGUGACUGGCACACUGUCGAUUGGUCUCAACAUGGAAUUCGCUUCAUUGGACGAAUGUCAGCAUCUGUCUUUGUCGGCCCUCAACUCGCUCGUGAUGCUCAAUGGCAAGAGCUGGUUCUCACUUCGACAAUCAAUACAUUCAUGGGCGUUCGAUCACUCCGCGCCUGUCCUGCAUUCCUCCGCCCAUUUGCCCAUUGGUUCUUGCCAGAAAUCAGAAAAUGUCGCCAGCAAUUGCGUCUCGCUCGUCUUAUGCUGCAGCCAACUUUCGACCGCAGGGCACAUGAAAAGGCCACUUCUUCUGAAAGUAACAAGACAAAAAAGUUUAAUGAUACUAUAGAAUGGCUCGAGGAGAUAGCAGCAGGGCGCCCCUACGAUGCCGCUGCUGCGCAAAUAGCAUUUGCAAUAAGUGCGAUGCAUACAACUUCUGAGUUGCUAAAGCAAGCCCUACUUGAUAUUUGCAUGCAUCCAGAAUUGAUCCCGGCUAUAAGAGAUGAAGCAAAGAAGGCCGUGGAGGAGAGUGGAUGGACAACUGCGGGCGUCUUUAAGAUGCAACUGUUGGACAGUGCAAUCAAGGAGACUCAACGGCUGAAGCCUGGAUCAUUGGUGAAUCUUGAGCGCAAAGCUCUACGAGAUGUUGUCCUCCCAAAUGGCAUGACUAUCCCCCGCGGAACCAACGUUGCCGUGGAUUCGUCCAUGAUGUGGGAUCCCACUAUUUAUCCAAAUCCUUCUGUCUACGACGGCUAUCGUUUUAUUCGUCUACGUCAAUCUGGCGAUGCUGGGGCAGCACUCGCUUCAACCAGUCCGGAGCAUAUUGCCUUCGGGAUCGGGAAGCCAAUCUGUCCCGGGAGAUUCUUCGCUAGUAACGAAAUCAAGAUUGCUCUGGCUAAGAUUCUGUUGACUUAUGAUGUCAGAAUUCCAGAAGGUGUCACGCCCAAGGUUGUGGAGAUGGGCUUUGAAAUGUUGAGUGAUCCUGAAGCGAAGGUGGAGGUUAGGAAACGGCAAGAUCUGUGA